AUGAGGCAGGUUUGGUUCUCUUGGAUUGUGGGAUUGUUCCUAUGUUUUUUCAACGUGUCUUCUGCUGCCCAAUACGAGCCACCUGCGACUUGGGAGAAUGUUGAUUAUAAGAGGACAAUAGACGUGUCAAACGCUUAUAUUUCAGAAACAAUCGAAAUAACUAUCAAAAACAUAGCAAGCGAACCUGCGACUGAAUACUUCACAGCCUUUGAGAGUGGCAUCUUCAGUAAAGUUUCCUUUUUUUCAGCCUAUUUUACCAACGAGGCAACUUUUUUAAAUAGCCAAUUACUUGCCAAUUCGACUACAGCACCUGGUGACGAUGGUGAAAGUGAAAUUAGAUACGGGAUCAUUCAAUUUCCAAAUGCAAUUUCCCCUCAGGAAGAAGUUUCUUUAGUGAUUAAGAGCUUCUAUAAUACCGUAGGUAUUCCUUAUCCUGAGCACGUUGGAAUGUCAGAAGAACAACACCUAUUGUGGGAAACGAACAGAUUGCCGCUUUCUGCUUACGAUACCAAGAAGGCCUCUUUUACGCUGAUUGGUAGCUCAUCAUUUGAGGAGUACCACCCCCCAAAUGACGAGAGUUUACUGGGAAAAGCUAAUGGAAACUCUUUUGAGUUUGGGCCUUGGGAAGAUAUUCCGAGAUUUUCUUCAAACGAAACCUUAGCAAUUGUUUAUUCCCACAAUGCCCCAUUGAAUCAGGUAGUGAAUUUGAGAAGAGAUAUUUGGCUUUCUCAUUGGGCUUCCACAAUACAAUUUGAGGAAUAUUAUGAAUUAACAAACAAAGCCGCAAAACUGUCUAAAGGAUUUUCAAGAUUAGAAUUAAUGAAACAGAUUCAAACUCAGAAUAUGAGACAAACUCACUUUGUUACUGUCUUAGACAUGCUCCUGCCUGAGGGAGCUACUGAUCAUUAUUUCACUGAUUUGGUUGGCCUUGUUUCCACGUCGCAUGCAGAACGUGACCAUUUCUUUAUAAGACCAAGAUUCCCAAUCUUUGGAGGUUGGAACUACAAUUUUACUGUCGGUUGGACUAAUAAAUUGUCCGAUUUCUUGCAUGUAUCCUCUGGCUCAGACGAGAAAUUCGUUGCUUCUAUCCCAAUUCUAAACGGCCCACCGGACACUGUAUAUGAUAAUGUUGAAUUAUCGGUAUUUCUUCCGGAAGGGGCCGAAAUAUUCGAUAUUGAUUCUCCAGUCCCUUUUACAAAUGUUUCUAUAGAAACCCAGAAAUCAUACUUUGACCUAAAUAAAGGUCACGUUAAAUUAACUUUCAGUUACAGAAAUUUGAUUAGUCAAGUUGCCAAUGGCCAAGUCUUGAUAAAGUACGACUACCCGAAAAGCUCUUUUUUCAAGAAGCCUCUGUCUAUUGCUUGCUAUAUUUUCACCGCACUAAUGGGAGUUUUUGUCUUAAAAACUUUGAACAUGAACGUAACUAACUGA